AUGCUAACCUAUCAGUUCGUUACCCAUUUUCUUGUAGUAGUGACACAGUUUUUUCCUGGGGUCCUCGCAAACGGCUUCAUCGUGGUGGUGAACAUGGUGGACUUCUUCAAGCAGAGACAGAUGGCUCCUUUGGAUCUGCUUCUUUCCUGCCUGGCGACUUCAAGGAUUAUUCUGCAGGUGCUCAUCUUCCUGGCACAUCUGUCUCUCGUCUACUUCUUGAAACCAAAUGCAACUGAAACCAAAAGAUUAGACAUUGUAUCAUUUUCUGUUUUGAUUUUUCAUGUGAUAGUGCCAUUAAUCAUCUUCCUCAUCGCUGUUCUGAUCCUGAUUUUCUCUCUGUGGAGGCACACCCAGCACAGGAGAACCAUGGCUACAGGAGGCUCGGGUCCCCACAGGGGCGCCUCCUUCAGGGCCCUGCUGUCCAUCCUGUCCUUCCUGUUCCUCUAUGUCUCUCACUACAUGAUGGUCAUUGUGUUGUUCUUUCAAAUGGUGCAGUUUGAUAGCUUCCUUUUUGAGUUCUGCACCUUCAUAGCUGGCACCUACCCAUCUAUACACUCGGUCAUCUUAAUUUUAGGACAUCCUAAACUGAAACAAAAGGCAAAGAAGUUCCUGCUCUGCACUCACUGUGGCCAGUGA